AUGGCACAAGUCCAGAUACCUGCGCCGCUGCCCGCGCCGGGCGGAGUCUUCGCUUCAGUCUUCCCACCGACUGGAAUCAAACCACCCAAACAUAGGCAGCGCUUCACUCCGGCGGCAACGUCGAAAAUCCCCGAGAUCAAAAGAUCAUUAAACAGCCAUUUGAGAUCUCUGCUUGGUAUCGGAGACGAGGGCUUCUUCUACGGUCAGAACCGACAUUUACCGAACCUGGGCGGCCCAUUCCACAGCCACUUCGAGUCGUCUCCGCCCGCCGAUCAGAUUCGACAGCCAACAGCAGCCGACCACGCAGCCCAGAACGCAAGAGAGGCCGAGUCGCCGCUAUGGACCAGUCUACCCAGAUGGAGAAGCGUGGUUGGAUCCGAAACGAUGAAGAGACUACUUGCAGCGGUGCUCAACAACCAGAUGACCGAGUAUGUGACCUGGUCUUAUGCGGGAGUCUACCGGCCGAACCUCCAUCUUCACCUGGACUUCUGGGUUACGCAUCUAUUCGCCCGAAUCACCCAGAAGGCGCUGUCCAGCCUGAGAGGAGGGCAAUCCACCCUUGAUGUCGCAGAGUCCGACCUCAAAAAGUGGAAAGACAUGGCCACUGCACGCCUAGGCGCUCUACGGGUGGACGAGCUGUUCGACAUCGUAGUCGACUGGGACGCCACCGCCCCCGCAAUCGACGACCUGAGACACUUCACUACAAACCCGGCAACGAGAAGCUACUUGACGCACCACUUUUCCAAUGUGCUCCAGACCCGGCUGCUGCACCCGGGCGCAUCGACCAUCAACAUCCUCCAAGUCUACAUAUCGAUCAUCCGGGCUUUCCGGAUCCUCGACCCAAAGGGCGUCCUACUCGACCGAGUCGCCAAGAAGAUUCGUCGGUACCUGCGCGAACGGGAAGACACGGUCAAAGUAAUUGUGGCGGGCCUGCUAAGCGACCCCGUAGGCGAAGACGGACAUGGACAGCCUUCAUCCCCAGACCCGGAAAUCCUGACCGACCUCGCCAUCGAGCUCUCCAAGCAUGACGGGCAAGACGGCGGUGGCAACGACGGCGAAUUCGACUGGAACGACAUGGAGUGGGUGCCAGACCCGGUGGACGCGGCGCCCGACUACAUGAAAUCGAAAAACACCGACGUGAUCGGCAGUCUGAUCACGCUGUUCGACAGCAAGGAUGUGCUUGUCAAGGAACUGCAAAACACCCUGGCGGAGCGUCUGUUGAAAAACAAGGCCGACUUCAACCAGGAGAUCGGCGUGCUGGAGCACCUGAAGAUCCGACUGGGCGACGCGGCUCUGCAAGGCUGCGAAGUCAUGCUGCGCGACGUGCUGGAUUCGCGGAAAGUCGACAAUGUGAUCCGAAAGGACCAGGGCAUGCAAGACGACAAGGGCCGGCCCCGGCAGGACAGCGACGUCCAGCUGCACGCGAAGAUCUUGUCGCGGCUCUUCUGGCCCACGAUGCCGGAACAGGCGUUCCACGUGCCCAAAGUGGUGCAGGACCAACAGGAGACCUACGAGCGAGGAUUUGAGUCGCUGAAACAGUCGCGCAAACUGACCUGGCUCAACGCCAUCGGACAGGUCGAAGUCGAGUUGGAGCUGGAAGACCGCGUGUACCAGGAGGAAGUGCUGCCCUGGCAAGCCGCUGUGAUUUAUGCAUUCCAUGACAACAGUGGUGAGGUCAAAGCGGACGAGCCAGUCCAAACUGCGACCGUGCAAAAGACAAAGACAAUCACAGACCUGACGGCCGAGCUGGCCAUGUCCCCCACACUCGUCCGAUCAGCAUGUAUAUUCUGGGUCUCGAAGCGCAUCCUGAUCGAAGUCCGCCGGGACACUUUCGCCGUGCUCGAGACACUCCCAGACGACGACGAUGUCGUGAUGAUGGGCGACGACGAUACCGGCCGACCAGGAAAUAGACAGAAACAACAACCCCACGACUCUGCCGCCGCUGCAGUGGCUGCCGAAGUCGCCGCCGCUCAGGCAGCCAAGGAGGCCGAAGAGGCGGAGCGGAAGCAGAAAAUCGCAAUGUACCACCAGUUCAUUGUCAGUAUGUUGACCAACCAGGGCGCCAUGCCUUUGCCGCGCAUCGCCAUGAUGCUGGGAAUCGUCGUGCCGGGCGGGUUCCCCUUCAGCAAUGAGGAGUUGAAGGAGUUUUUGGCCGGCAUGAUUCGAGAUGGCGUCUUGGAGGUCGGCCACGGCGGUGCAUACAAGGUCUCUUCAUGA